AUGCAUACUCUUAGGACAAGCCUACUAUUAUGUAUGCUAAUCCACAUAAAUUAUGCAGGAUCAGAAGCACUGAGCUUGUUGAAUCAAAUGCAACCAAAAUUCUAAGAGGAAUCUGAUUUAGGAUCUGAAGACCUAAUAUAUAAGAAAGUCACCGAAUAAUUAAAAUAGUAAAAGCCUUACUUGUAGAUUGAUGAAGAGGAUACUAAGAAUGAGGUUUCCUUUAGAGAAUUUUAUAAAAGUGUACGAUCUGGCAAACAUGAGAUAGUUCAAGAUGAGGAGGAGAUUAAUAUUGUAGAACCAGAGCAUAAGGAAAUUGAAAUUCAAUCCUACUUAUAAGAAUUGAGUGAUGGACUCGAACCAUAAACUGAAACUAUUGCAGAAACGGAACUUCAAACUGAUCCUGAAAAGUUAGGAAAGUUCAAGAAAUACUUUAUAAAAGAAGAAGAACCUAAAGUUGAAGCUUAAGUAGAAACUAAAAUAGAAAAUAAUCAAACUAUUGAAAAGAAAAUGACUCUGAGAGAGAAAUUGGAAAUGAAAAAAAAAUAGGCUCAAUAACCACCAGUUAUGGCUGCAAUUUAAAUUAAAUAAGAGGUUAAUACCCAAGAAUAAGUGGCUAAUCCAUCAGAUUAGAAUGUUGGUAAAACAACAUUAAUGAAAAAGAUUGAAGAAUUCAAGAAAUAGAAACAAUCAAAGGAAACAUAAGAAACAUAAUAACCAAAAGAAGAAACUGUAUAAGAGUAAAACAUAAAACCAGUACAUGAGAAUCCUUUGAGAAAACUCUUAAAUAAGAAGGCUGAGGAAAAAAAAGAAAAAGAAAUUUAGUAAUAAGUUGAGAAAUCAGUAGAAGAGAAAUAGGAUGCAUUAUUAGGGUUAACUCAAGAAGUAGAAUUAGAAAGCAAAUAUGUAGAGAUUGAAGAUUAGAUAAAUGGGUAAGAAAAUAGAAAUGUGGUGAAUGAAGAAGAAUCUUUAAAUGUUGAUCAGGAUCCUUCACAAUCUCAAGGUGAAACUAAUCUUGAAGAAUUAGACUAAGAACAAGAUGAAUCUCAUCAAGAGUAUAUAAUAUCUAAUGAAAAUAUCAACAUUAAUGAUGAAAAUAUUUAAUAAUAGUAAUAAUAAUAAUAAUAAUAAUAAUAAUAAUAAUAAUAAUAAUAACAAUAAAAUUAAGAAGAUGAAUAAUAAUAAGAGUAAUAAUAAUAAUAAGAAUAAUUAGAUAUUUAAUAAAUUGUUUAAUAAGAAUCUGAGUCACAACUUGAAUCGAAAACUUAGAUUGAGAAUGAAUCCUAGAGUUUUAAAUCAGAUUCAUCAGAUACUAUUGUUUAAGAAGAAGUUCAAAACUAAUAGGAAAUAUAAAAUGAUGAAUAAAUUAACCCGUCAUUUGAGAAUAUUGAAUAAGAAGCAAAUAAUAAUAAUAAUGAAUAAGAGCAAGAUUCUUAGAUAACUUAAACGGUUGAUAAUGAAGAAUAAAAUGAAAAUUAAGUCAAUUAAGAAAUACUUUAGGAUGAUCAAGAAUAAUAGAAAUUUGAAGUGGAAUAACCUUAUGAUGACUAAUAAGAAUUAGAAGAUGAAACUUAGAAUGAAUAAUAAUAAUAAUUAGGUAAUGAAAAUUAAGAUGAAAAAUUAAUUGUAGAUGAAUAAACUGAAAACACAUAGGAUGAAGUAGAAAAUAAAGAAAUUCCUAAUGAGAAUUAGGUAGAAAAUACAUUGUCAUAAGGUUUUGUGAUGGAAAAUAAUGUAGAAACUUCAAAUUAUCUUGAAGAAGUGUAAGAAGCUGAAAAGCUAAAGAAAAAAAGAGAAGUAGAAGAGAUAAUUUAAGAAGAAGAAAGAAUUAAACAAGAAUUAGAAUAAAAAAAAUUAGAGGAUGAGAAAAAAUUAAAUGAAUUAGAAGAAGAAUAGUAACAUUUGAUCGAUGAAAAAUAAAAAGAAGAAGAAUAAAUUUAAUAAGUUGAAAAAUAAAUUGAAUUAGAGCAAAGUGAAUUGUAAGAUUUCGAAUCAGAAAAGGAUGAAUAAUUAUAAACCUAAGAGAAGGAAAUAAAAAAAGAUGACAUUUAGGAAGAGCAACCUUAGCAAGAAACAUUAUAAGAAGCUCAAAAUGACUAGGUAGAUAAUAAUUCCGAAUAGGCCAUAGAGGAAUAGCCAGUUAUUUAAUAAGUUAAAAUAGGGUCUAAAGAAAUUAAAUCUGAUGAAGGUCCCAUUAAAUCCUAAGAUGAAACCUUAGAGAAUGGUUUUAACAUUGAUGAAUAUGAAAGGUAAUAACAUAGAAAUGAGGAAAAGGCAGAAGAUGAUGCAUCUAAUUAUGCAUAAAGUAGUGAGUUGUUUGAUAAUCGUGAUUAUACUUCUUAAAUUGUAAAUGAUUAAGAGGAACAAGUCAUUGAAUAAUCAGUCCCAACGCUUUAGGUUAAUGAAUAAUAUACUGAAGAUUUGUAAUAUGAACCUUAAAUCUAAAUAAGUUAAGAGGUUAGAUUUGAUGAUAUCUCCAAUGAAUAAGUCUUGAACAAUUAAGAAUAAGAUGGAUUAACUGAUCAAAGUAACAUCACAGUAUUACCAAUCACCGACAAUUAAUCAAAUGAAACAUAAUAUAUCAGUCAAGAUUAAUUAGUCGAAGAACAUUCAGGCAAAAAACAAGAGUAGUAACUAUCUUUAGAUAAUCAAGUUGAGCAAGUUAAUGAAGAAAACUAAAUUUUUAAGGAAUAAUCUUAAGAUUCAAUUGAAGAUAAUUUGAAAAUAGAACGUUCAAAUGAGAACAUUAAGGGAACAUAAAAUUAAGUAUAUUCAUAAUAGGAGACAUUAAUUAUAGAAAGUGAAACUCCAAAUUUAAUACCUGUAGAUGAAAGUUAAUCUACCAGUUAUUCAUAUGAGUAAGAAGCUGAUAAUGAAGACAAUGAUGUAGUGUAAUUUGAUGUAUACAAUUCAUCCUCCAAUAUUGAUACAUAAAAUAAUGAUUCUUAAAUUGUAGAUCAAAUUAAUACUCUUUAACAACCCACCAUUGAGGAAGUGAAAUAAUAAGAAGUUGAAGACACAUCAAAUUUGCUUUCAGUCAACAAAAUUCAUUCUUUUUCCUUAUUACAAUAAGAUAUGAAAGUUGAUGACACUAUUAAAAUUGAAUAUAUUGAUUUAGAAACAAAGUAAGAUUAAUCAAUUUCAAAGAAUACUUUAAUUCAUCAUAAGAAAUAGUAAAGUAGUUUUUUGCAACUAGAAGAAACUGAAAUGGAUUAUAAUGAAGAACACUUUGAGAUCUUUAUGGCUUAGAAGAAAUAACAGGAACAAAUGGAAAAAGAGAAAAAAAGAAAGAAGUUAAAAGCAAGAGAGGAAAAACAAAGAAAAUUAGAAGAAGAGUAAUAUCAGUAAAAGUUAAUAUAAUAAAAAUAACAAUAAGAAAUUUUAAAGUAGUAAUAAUAGUUGAUUGAAUUGCAAAAUUAAUAAUUAUUGAACAAACAAAAAUACAAGAUGGCAACUAAAUAGAAUAAUUAAGUUAUUUUGGAAAGUUAGCCUAUUAAAGGAGAUAACUUUAGUCACUUGUAAAAGUAACAAUCGCAAAUUCAACUUUUAAAUUAAUAAAUUGAUACAGAAUUUUCAUUCUAGUAAAUUCUUUCACGAGUGGAAAAGGAAUAAAGGUAAGGAUAGAAACAACUUAGGAGCAACUCUAAACAUAUUAAGAAUGCUGACUUAAAUUUCUUUUAAUUGACUGAAAAAUAAUAAUAAAAUAAGAUUUCCUUAUAAUCUUAAGAUCUCUUUGAAGCCAUUAAAUAAGAGAUUAAAGAAUGCGAUUUAAAUAAUUACACCAAUAAUUUGUGUUAGUUAUGUUAAAGUGAUGUAGUAUAUGAGAUAAAUGAUGAUAAUUGGUACCUUAUUGGAAUAGCAUAUGGUUUAAAGAGACAUUUCUAGAAUCUUUUGAACACUGUGCAAUAUCACUUCAAGAAUGCUAAAAUCUAUACUUCAUUCAACAAGGAACAAUAAGUAUGCCUCACAUUAGGAGAUUAAUUCGAAAUUGAAAAUCUAGAAGAGAUUCUCGGCUACUAUAAUAAUCAGACUUUGCCUAGAAAUUCUUAAUUUUUAAAGAUUCCACCCAAAAUUAAAGCAAAUUUUGCUUAGAUGAAGGUUGAUUUGAAUCAACAUAAAUUUAUGAAUUUCAGUUUGAAUGCUGCAAUAAAAAAUUAGGAACAUCACAACGGAUUCACAGUGACAGAAUAACAAAUUAAACUAUCUUAAGAUUUUGAUUACUUACAAUAGGGCAGUAUCCUAUAUCCAGGAUAGUCUAUUCCAUAUAAAUUGAAUAUCUAGUCCAAUGGAAUCGAAAAUAUGUAAUUAGAAUUGAAUCCUCAGAUAUAUGAAAAGAUUUUAGAAAACUAUUUGGCAAAAAAUUACUUACAAUAGAUAUAAGUGACAUAUAGGGACAUCUUAAAGAGUAAUUUUGUAGUGGUUGAUAAUGAUGAAGUCUUAGAACUUGAGAUUACAAUAUAAAAAUGA